AUGCCGCUUUCUGCGCAGACCGGCAGCAGGGCCUCCCAGCGCCGCGUUCCGCCCCGUCAGCUCUGGGAAGCGGGCGGGGGCGCCAUCCCCUUCUCCGGCAGCAAGGCCAGCCCGCGGGUGUGGAGCGUCGGCCGGUCCAUGGGCAGCGACCACGAGCGGCCGUGGGCGAAGGUGCUGCCGCUCAGCCUGCUGUGCGUGGGGCUGCUGCUCUGGUGCGUGCUCAGGGAGAAAACGGAGCUGGACGAGCGGCUGGAAGCGGCGUUCGCCGGGCAGGUCGCGGACCCCUCGGAUGCGGCCCCGGAAAGCCCCGCUCCGCUGCGGGGCCGGGAGUAG